CGGUACUAAUCCUUAUUUGUUCUGUGUAAUUGAAGAAAACCUUUGAUAGGUUUUAAAAAUGCUCCAGUGGUUCAUUACACUUUAUCACAGCUUUCUGAUUAUAUGAUUUUAUAGCCUCGCUUUAUGUAAGCAACCCCUAAUAGAUGUAACACAUCAUGUUAUCUGCAGCAGCCAAUCCUCAAGAGGUUAAAUAGGUGAUAGUCUUGUCUGAUUCUGCAGAGCUGCAGGGUGAACCUGAAGAGAGGGGAGCAUCUUUAGACACUCAUGUUAGGCAGUCAUUUAUCUCCAACACGACCCUGUAUUCACUAACACAGAUCAGAUCCUGAGCAGGUUUAGUCAGACUUGUGGGUGAAGAGUGCUGUGACUCCAAUCCAACCAUGCUGAAUCCACGUUUGUUGAGAGUGAGGAGCGCUCUGAUCCGACAAUGCAUGGCUGAGUUCUUGGGAACGUUCGUCUUAAUUCUCUUUGGCUUAUCAGCAGCAGCGCAGGUAAAAACCAGCAGAGAGACUAAAGGCCAAACUCUGUCGAUCCACCUGUCUUGGGCCGUGGGAGUCAUGUCAGCCACGUAUCUCACCAAGGGGAUCUCAGGUGCUCACCUGAACCCCGCUGUGUCGCUGUGUUUCUGCAUUUUGGGGAAGCUGCGGUGGGGACAGCUGUUGCCCUACUGUGUGUCACAGAUCUUUGGGGCUUAUGUGGGAGCAGCGCUGGUCUACGCGCUCUACUACGAUGCUAUAAUGGAGUUUAGUGGAGGCGUGUUGACCGUCUAUGGCCCAAGCGAAACAGCAUCUAUAUUUGCCACGUAUCCAACUGAGUACCUCCCGUUAGGAGGGGGUUUUCUGGACCAAGUAGUGGGCACUGGAACGCUGCUGUUGUGCAUCCUGAGUUUGACCGAAAAGAGGAACGCCCCCGCUCCCCCUGAUCUGAUUGCUCCCAUAGUUGCAGGCGUCGUGCUCGGCAUCAUCAUGUCCAUGUCGGCUAACUGUGGCGCUGCUUUAAAUCCCGCUCGAGACCUGGGGCCACGCCUCCUCACGCUGACUGCAGGCUGGGGAACCGAAGUCUUUACGUCUUUCAACUACUGGUUCUGGGUACCAAUUGUGGCUCCGAUUAUUGGGGCUCUUACAGGCACUUCUUUGUAUUUGAUCUUCAUCGAAUGGCAGCUGCCUGAUGAACCACAGGAGAGUCACCCAGAAAUAUUCUCCAUCAGUCCGAGCAUCAAGCAGUCCGUCGCUUUGUGGGAAAAAGAAGAGGAACCAAAGUCGACAUGUUUUUAAUUCCUAAAUGUUAGUGAAAGACCUUUAAGCCUUCAUGCCAAUGCAAAUAACUACUAAUUGUUCGUUCCAGUUGGUUGGUGAUAUUUUACAAAGAUGAAGUAUUUAGCUCUGCAGGUAAAACACAAUCAUCUCCUGAGUUAUGUCAAUGAACUGCGUUAAUCCUACUUAAAAACUACUGUAAAAUUGCUGAGGUAACAUAACAGUUUUACUCUGUACUUCUCUACAAUUGAAAGUUGCAGUUCAAUAUGCAUCGGUUGCAUCAAAAACUCAUGUUAAUCUGAACAAUUAAUAGUAAAUUACUGUAAUAUGUUAACAACUUGCUGCUGUCUUUUACAAGAAGACUGUAAAAUACACCCCAGCAUGAACCAAAGUAAUCCAAAACCGAAGCGAAAACAGAUUACUAGAACAAGUUACUGAAUUCUUCGGAAUACUGUCAAAUAAAACAAAACCGGCUGAGAAAAUCAGAAACCAAGAAAACUAAACUGCAUUUAAACCAUAGCACAAAACCAGAACUCAAACCAACAUGAGAACCAACAAGUCAGGAGAAGAACAGGAAAUUUGUUUAGUGGUGAUUAUUGGUACUGAGACUCUUCAGUACUGUAUGCUUCAGUGAUUUUAACUACUUCUACCACAGGGCUCCAUUCUUGAACCUGCUGCCACUUGGUGCUAUUCACUCGUAAUCUUUUUUUUUUUUUUUUUUAAGAAACAAGACCAGUCUCAUGUUUAAGCUCAAUGUCAACUGCAGCACCCUACUACGUUUAUGUUCCCUGAUUCAUGUUAUGUGACAAAACCAGUAUUACAAAUGGUGAUGUGGGACUGUACUUUUCCUUUAAACUCAACAAAUGCUAAAAUGUUGACUACCUGUGCAAUAUGUUCUGCUGUUAAAUUUUCUGCAACUACAUAUUCCACAGUAAAAUAUCAGUGGUAGCAGUUGAGUUAGUUGGCAACUCAGCCACAAAGUGGUUGGCCACUUUAAAUUGUAGAGUGGGGUCAAGAGAUGCUGUGGUGUGAAAAGCUGAACGUUUGCGCAAAGUCAACAACUACAGAUGUCCAAGCCUUAUUUUGGUCUUCACACAGAGCUCUGCAUAGAGAGUGGGCUCAUGUGCCUCCAAUGUUUGGUACCAAAACCAAACAUUGGAGGCCAUCUGCAGGCUACAAGUAGAUCUGAGAAGAAGAUCAUUUCUACAAUUCAAUCAUUAGAUUCUUCUUGCCUCAAGCAAAAAUAUAUAGUGGGCUUGUUUGAAAUAAUGUAUUUUCUUUUAUUCAUACAAGCUUGUGUCUCAGAGUCUUCUCUGGAAGAUGUCAUAUAAGCUUCAUUAAAUGUGACAAAUUCAUACUUUUUUAAUGAAUAACAAGACAUUUAAAUUAAUUUCAUGCUCCCAAUGUCAGAGCACCAGAAACCAACAAGUUUCUUUUAAUCUCCUGGUGAAGUCCAGAGUGAUUAUUAUAUUGCAUUUUCUGUGUGUGCAGAAAGUGAGGAAUUAGUUCCCUGUGGUGUGAAGUAGGUGCUCAACGCUUGUUGCUGACAGAGGGAGUACUGAAUUUUCCUUAAAUCCUGAAUAUGAGUGUGUGAAUGUGAAUAUGAAUAUGCAGGUGCAAGCAAACCUUAAAGGUUUAUCACAAAAGUUUUUCAAAUUGGCACUCCAACGCUUCCCAGAUGUUCACAUUCUAUGUUAGUAUGUCUAAAAUAGAGAGAGACUAAACUAGAACUCGUCUUCUACAAGCAUAUUUUAUAUGAGUACAACUUUUUCUACAGGUCAUUGAGAUGUUUAUAGUGCUGCACUUGUUUUUCCUUUGUUUUAACUCAGAGAAAUUAAUCAUAUCUGCACAACCAGUCAUUUCUUGCUUUAAGACAUAUGAUUUUAAAAUUACGACUAAAGUUGCUGUGAAGGUGUGCAACUGACAGGUUUUUUGUUCAAAUGAGGUUUUUUUAAUAGACCUUUUUGCAUGCGUUUGUUUAAUUGCACAUGCCAUUGCAUACUGUGUUAAAACAGAUGUGUAAAGACACAUUUAAUCUUUCUUCUUUGUCCAUAAAAUGUAUUCAAAAUAUGACAGAUAUGUUAAAUAAAUGUAUAAAAAAUUAAGAGUGCUGUAUUGUUCACAAUUUAAAUUCUUACAUUGUCACUUCAAGUUUUGAAAAUUGAUUUCAUUUGGAUGUUUUGUUUCAAGUAAUGAAUAUUUUCACAACAGUGGAACAAUGCUGACA